AUUUUCCUGCAACUGUCAUAAUAACCAUGAAAGCGACUUCUGCCCCAACAUCUGACCAUAAAUUCAAGCUCUAAACUAUAACUAAGUACCAUCAUAUCGGCGGCUGACGAGGCCCCACCACGAGUCUCAUUCCCAGAAGCCAAAAAAUCCCUGUAUUUGUUAUGUUCACUAACGACGAAUUCCCGAAAUUUCACAAUUUUAUCCAAUUCGAAUUCCUGCCGUCCAUCGCGUGACGAACACUCGCAGGCGCUGUGUCGGUCACUCCCGCAGUAAAUUUUACAGAAUUUCACCUUCUUCGGGUUGAAUUUUUCCCCAUUUGCGAAGAGACACACCAUCAAAGUGAGGAAAAAUGACUUGAACAUGUCAAAAUGACACGAAAUGCUUCCAUUCCUUGUUUUUGUAUUGUUAUUUUCGGGAAAUUGCCAGAAAUUCGACCCGAAGAAAGUGAACUAUUGCGAGAAAUUCUGCCCGGGGAAGGACCGCAGCACCGGUUGCGAGUGCCAACCCCAAGGGUCGCGAACCGAGGUCGAUUUGGAGCACGUGGUGUCAUUUCGCAGAUUUGCCCUCGCGGAGCACAACUACUGGCGCCAGUAUCUGGCCUCGGGGCAGGAGACCCGCAAUGGGGCCCACUCGGCCGCCGACAUGAUGGCCCUCAGCUACAGCCUCGAGUUGGAGUUCUUGGCGAGGUGCUACGGGAGGAGCACCUUCAACGGCUACCACGAGAAGUGCCGAAUCAUGUCGAACGAUCGCAUAGUUGGGCAAAACCUCGCCGGUUUUAGCCGAAAAAACUACUCUCUCUCAUUGGUCAAGGAGCAAAUCUGGGAUUGGUACGACGAAAUCGAGGAUGUUGAGCCGGAAAUCUUCGAUGAUUUUGAAGUUGGGGGCGAGAAAAUUGAGCAUUUCACUGCGAUGGUGUGGGGGCAGGUUAACCAAGUGGGCUGUGCGAGGAUUUUUACGCCGGAUACGAAGAAAGACGGUUUUAGGUUUCCGGUUUAUGUCCAGGCGUUGAUCUGUGAUUAUGGGAGUACGAUUUUGAAGGAUCAGGGGACUAAAAUUGCGCCUAAUUGGUUAGGGCGGCCCGUUUUUAAGGAGGGGGAACCGUGUUCCAAGUGCCCCGAUGGGCUUAGUUGUAAUCGUGUUUACACUGCUUUGUGUGGGGAAAUUGAACCGGUUCCUGAAGACCCCCCUUAUGAUUUUAACGCGGCGAGGACUAAACAAAUUUAUACUUUUCUUCUCAUUUUUGUCGUAUUGUUAUUAUGACAUCACGAUUUAUCAAAAUUAUUGUUAAAAAUAAAAAUGUAAGUAAAAUGCGAAAAUAAACAGCGAAAUAAAUAUUUUUUCCCAUG